UAGAUAGCAAUUGCAAGUCAAUAUGGACGAGGAACGCACAAGUCUCGACAAACAGCAGCAAGAGUUCAUCGAAACCGAAGAGGCUGGCCCUGCCAAGCCCGUAUUCAACGAUGAAAUCUUCAUGCCUCCAGCCCUCGCGGCUCUCAGUGAGGAGGAGUAUGAGAGAGUCAAGAAAUCCGCUGUUCGGAAACUAGAUCUUCGCAUCAUGCCUGCUGUUGUAUUGAUGUAUAUCCUGAAUUAUCUGGAUCGUCAAAAUAUCGCGAGUGCUAAAUUGGCGCAUCUCGUCGAGGACUUGAAUAUGACUAGUGUUCAGUAUCAGACGGCAGUUAGUCUGUUGUUUGUUGGUUACAUCACCAUGCAGGUCCCUUCAAACAUGAUUGCAAGUAAAAUCAAAUAUCCCGGUAUCUACAUCAACGUCGCAAUGGCCAUCUGGGGUGCAAUCUCGGCAUGUACCGCUGCAGUUCAUAGCUUUUCCGGACUGGUAGCAGCACGAUUCUUUCUCGGUGUUGUCGAAGCUGCCUUUCUACCCGGUGUUGUCUACUACAUCUCGCUGUUCUAUAACAGACAACAAAUGACCCUCCGCACCGCCAUAUUCUACUCUGGCUCUCAGGUCGGAAAUGCCGUCGGUCCGCUGAUUGCUAUUGGAGUAUUGAAUCUAGAUGGUAAACAGGGAAUCAGCGGAUGGCGCUGGUUGUUUAUCAUCGAGGGAGUCGUUACUAUCUUCUUUGCUAUUGUAUUUGCACUCAUUCUGCCGAGCUCCUUGCAGGCGAUCCGCGGCUUCUCUAAACUCGAGAGUGAGUUUUUGUUGUACAACUAUGCCAAGGAUAUUGGACAACAGGAUCACAAGGACGAAGCGAGUGCAUGGAAGGGUGUCAAACUCGCUGUCAUGGAUCCGAAGACGUGGUUGCUUCUGGCCACUUUGUGGGCUACCUAUGUGUCCGCCGCUGUCGUCAACUGGUUCCCAUCGGUCGUUGCUACUUUGGGAUAUUCGCGCAACACUACCUACGGUCUCACUGCGCCGCCUUAUAUACUCUCGUGUAUUGUUAUCAGUCUCGUGGGUUGGCAUUCAGACAAGAAACAAGAACGAUUCCUUCACGUUGCUAUUCCACUUGCAGUGGCUGUGAUUGCAAACAUCAUUGCAGUCGCUUCCCUGAACACAGGCGCUCGAUACUUCGCAAUGAUGCUCAUGCCCGGAAGCUGCUACUCUGCUGCCAUCGUUAUCCUCUCGUGGGUUACGGGUACUUUGUCCCAACCUGCCGUCAAACGUGCCUCGGCCAUUGCUUUGAUCAACGCCGUCUGCAAUACACCCAACAUCUGGACUUCGUAUAUCUACUACGGUGCGCCUCGCUACCUAGCUGCAUUCCUACUCAAUAUGGCCAUGGCAGCGUUGGCGAUUGUAUUUGCAUUUGCUUUGCACAUCUAUCUCCGCAGAGAGAAUGCCAAGUUGGAUAGGGGUGAGGAUUCGGGUAAGAAUGGGCCUACAGCUGCUCAGCAGGCUGCUGGAUUUAGAUAUUUGAUCUAGUUCACUGGAAUCGUGCUGUGAUAUAUGUCGAGAUUUGUAUGACUUAAGGAUAUGGAUGAAAUGCUCUGGAUAGAGAUAGAUGAUUUAUAUGAUAUAGGAAUAGAGUGUUAGACAUGAG